AUGGCUGAAUUAGAUACUGGUAUCUUGAAGAAAUUGUUCACAUCUGAACAACACUGGAAUGCUAAAGCACCAGCUACUUUGCAAGUUUCAAAUGUUAGACCUAUUCCAAAUGAAGCUGGUAAAAGAUUACGUCUUUUGGUCUCUGAUGGUGUUUUUUCAACACAUGCUGUUGUUAGACCAGAAGGUGUUGCUUAUUGUGAAGAAAAUGGCUUCCAAAGAUCAAGUAUUGUAACUAUCCAAAGAUAUGAAAUUGAGAGAAUGGGUGCUGGCAACAAACAUGUUAUUAUUAUUAGUGAUUUAGUUAUUAAACAGUCAGUUGCAUCUAAAGUCGGUACCGCUAUUGAAUCUUUAGAUGACUAUUUUAGAGCACAUCCAGAAGAAGAUAUAUAUCAAAGUGCGGAAGCUGGUGAAGAAAAUACACCAACUCCUCAAGCUGAAGCACCAAAACAAGAACAACCAAAACAAUCUAUUCCGCAACCACAAUCAUCAACCAAUACUAACAAGGCUUCAUCCAAUCAAAAGAAACCAUCUAAUAUAUACGCUAUUGAUCAGCUAUCUCCAUAUCAAAAUAUAUGGACAAUCAAAGCAAGAGUUUCUUUCAAAGGUGAAAUGCGUACUUGGUCCAAUCAAAGAGGUGAAGGUAAACUUUUCAACGUCAAUUUAUUAGAUGAAACAGAUGAAAUUAGAGCUACAGCUUUCAAUGACAAUGCUGAAAAAUUCUACAACUUAUUGCAAGAAGGUAAAGCUUAUUAUGUGUCAAAAGCUAGAAUCCAACCAUCAAGACCACAAUUUUCAAAUUUAAAACAUCCAUACGAAUUACAAUUAGAUAGAGAUACUGUUAUUGAAGAAUGUUUUGAUGCUGAUGAUGUCCCAAAAUUAAGUUUUGAUUUCGUUAAAUUGAACAAAAUUCAAGAUUUAGAAGCUGAUUCAAUCAUUGAUGUGGUUGGUGUUAUCAAGGAAGUUAACCCACAUUUCCAAAUUACUUCCAAAGCUGGUCGUGCAUAUGAUCGUCGUGAUAUUACUGUUGUUGAUGACAGUCAAUUUGCUAUUUCUGUUGGUUUGUGGAAUAAAACUGCUUUAGAGUUUGAUACUCCAGAAGGAACAGUUAUUGCAAUUAAAGGUGCUAAAGUUUCAGAUUUCAACGGUAAGACCUUAUCAAUAACACCAUCUGGUACAAUCACUACAAACCCUGAUGCACCAGAAGCAUAUGCUAUCAAAGGUUGGUACGAUGCUCAAGGUCGUAAUGAAAAUUUCCAAACUCUGAAAACUGAAUUGGGUACAAGAAAGACAUCUAUUGAAGAACGUAAAACAAUUGGAGAUGUUCAAAACUUAGAAUUGGGUCUUGGUGAAAAACCAGAUUAUUUCACUAUCAAAUCUUCUGUCAACUUUUUGAAGACUGAUAACUUCAGUUAUCCUGCUUGUUCAAGUGAAGGUUGUAACAGAAAAGUUAUUGAACAACAUGAUGGUACUUGGAGAUGUGAAAAGUGUGACAUCAAUCACGCUGUCCCUCUUUAUAGAUAUAUUUUAACUAUUUCAGUUGUUGAUCCAACUGGUCAAUUAUGGGUUACUUUAUUCGAAGAUCAAGCCAAGGCUUUAUUAGGAUAUAGUGCCAAUGACUUGGUUAAAUAUAAAGAAGAAGAUAACUCUUUAUUCACUUCUAUUGUUUCAAAGAUUCAAAUGAACGAAUUUGAGUUCAGAAUUAGAGCUAGGCAAGAUAAUUAUAACGGUCAGGUCAGAAUUAGAUAUAAUGCUGUGAAUGUCAAUAAGAUAGAUUUCAGUAAUGAAGCUGAAUAUUUGGUUAAAAAAUUCGAAAGUUUAGGAGCUUGA